ACACAGCACUCUGAUCCAAAAUGGCGCUAUGUUUACGUCUCUGUAUUAUCGUGUAUUAUCUCUAGCGAGUCUCAUGGAGAGUUUCGGUGAUUAUAUUCGCCGGGGAAGAUAAUUUGACAUAACGUUUAGCUACGACAGUGAUCCUCGACAAGCCGGGCACUCGGUAAUGACAAUUUAAGCAGAUCCGUGGCUAUAGAGUUGACCAGCAGCAGCAGGAAGGAUGCAGGCUGAGGCCACAGACACUACACUGAGAGAGGGCAUAGAGGCUCUGGGUGUGAAGGACACAGAGAAACCUGCAGCAGUCAAAGAGGAAGAGGACAGCACAGAGCACCAGGACUCAGAGAUGACAGCUGCCACAGAGGAGGAUACAGCAACCAAGGAUGAAAAGGAUGGAGACACAGAUGCAGCAGCAGGAGAAGCACACAAGGAUGAACCUCAGGCAGACACAGGGGUGGACGGUGAAGAGGGAAAGCAGGCCACAGGGGAGGAUGGCGAAUGGGAGCUUGUGUACAGCGAUGAGGAAAUGGAGGACCCCAAAAACUGGAUGCCCCCUCCUGCUGAGAUCAAAAGACUCUAUGAGCUCCUCUCUAAAGGGGAGAUGCUGGAACUGAACUUUGUGCCCCUUCCCAGGAGGCCCCCGACACCUGAACGCACCCCCUCGCCUGAAAGAGACGAGGAGGAGGAGGCAGCGAAGGAAAGGGAGAGGGAGGAGAGAGAACGCAGGCCUCCAACACCGACUGAGUUUGACUUCGAUGAAGAGCAAACACAAGCCACUCCGAAAAAUGCCUUCAUGAACAGACGCAGAACACCAGGAUCUUCAGCCCGCUCCUCCGUGAAAAGAGAAGCCCGGCUGGACAAAGUGCUGUCAGACAUGAAGCGCCACCGCAAAAUCGAGGAGCACAUCAUGCGCACGGGUCGAGAUCUCUUCAAGAGCGAAAAGAAGCUGGAGGAGGCCCUCUCGCCGAACAGCCAGAAGGAGCGGGAGAAGGAGAGGGAACGAGACAGCAACCCCAACACCAUCUUCUCCCCGAGACAGAGGAGAUACUGAAGUAUUAAGAGACGAGGACUGGCCCGCGGGCAAAUUAAGGCCAAGAGCUUUCCCAGGCAAAACUUGAAUUUUUUUAUGUGACGAGUUUUGUAUGUUUUCUAUGUGUGUUUUGUAUGUUGGCAAUAAACAUUUUAACCCUGGAGAAUGUUAACGGUUGUAAUCAGUGUGCGGUAAGGGUGGCUGUUCGGGAUAAAAAUCCUUUGUAACAGAAACGGAAGUUCGUGCAACUUCAUUGAUAAAAUAAGAUAUUGAUUGUAUAUUUUUGGCUAAUGGAAUCAAAUACCUGGGAAAUUAAGGUAUUUUAUCACAUUUAUGCAAAAAUUGCAAUAAAGCAGUUGUUACCGACACGUCGAUGGCCUAUGAGUACUACCAAGAGAUGCUAACCUUUUAACAUCCACCUGUUUUUGUAUUUUUUGCAUAAUGUAUACACAAAUGAAAAAGCUUAUAAUGAAGGACCUGUACAGCCAAAGUGCAUGUAUAAGGCUUCAUUUUAAAGGUAUCAUCUUCUAUUUUCUUUUUUGUUUUGGUUUUUUGGCAUGUGGCUAAAACACAGCCUUAACUACAUCAGUUCAAACAUGGCUCAAGAGAGGUUUCGUGUCCCUCGACCACCUUCUAGAGACGGUAGACCGUCUACAUUUUGUCAGCCACACCUGUUUAAAAUUUAUACAUCGUGCUCAUUGUGAGCUCAGGUUGCCCACAAGGACUAAUGAAUUUAUGAUCAAUGAGAAAUAUUUUAGAUCGUUAAAAUAUGCUGAUGACAUGGCCUUAGUUGGUCUUUUACAGCAGACAGACCCAUCGGAUGAAGCACCCUACAUGGCCCACGCUAAGGCCCUCCAAACAAUGUCACAUCAGCAAGUUAGAAGUUUAUGUGGCCAAGACUAAAGAAUUAUUUGCACAAAUAAGAUCUGAAGACAGAGCCGAUUUCACUCUUUGGCCAACGUGUUGAAACUGGAAAAUUUGAAAGACAUUGGUAUGUCUCUUGACUCCAAUCUGAACUUCUCUGGAAAUACUGAAUAUAUUUUCAAGAGAUGCUCAAAGCAACUUUAUCUUCCUAGAAAACUCAGUGGUUUCAGAGUUAGUCAGCAGAAAUUAGAAUUAGUGUAUAGAACCAUGGUUGAGAGUAUCUCAACUCUCUAGGAUUGUAACUAUGGCAGGUAAAAUAAUUGGCAGGCCACAAAAUCCCUUGACCCAACUCUUUACAGAAAGGACAAGGAAGAAAGCAAUGGGUAUAUUGGCAGAUAGCUGCCACCCUCUCUUUAGCCAGUUUGAGCUCUUGAGCUCCAGGAGGCAUUAUAGUCAACUAAAAAUGUACUGAAGAAGUCCUUCAUCCCAAGUGCCAUCAGUAUCCUUAACUCAACAACUCAAGACAAUGAGCUGAUUUAAUGUGUUUAAGUGUUUUGUAAUGACUUAACAGGCUUGUCUUGGUAUUUAUCUGUUUUUUUUAUAACCUUGUCUUUUAUAUUUGGUGAGCCGAAGACAGAUUCCCACCUAUGGCAGACAAUAAAGGUAUAUUUUAUGGAUUCUGGCACCCUCUAGUGGCUCACUUUACCUUAUGAUGGAGCAGUGAUGGCCAUGUUAGGCUUAGGUAUUUUUCAACCUGGACCCAUGUUUUGUGUCUAAGUGACUGAUGGAAACAGUUUUUGAAACUGGACCAGUAUUGAGUGACACCACUGCAGCUGUAUUGGAGAAACAGGCUGCAGUAUAACCAGUACGGGCAAUUGUGCAUCAUCAAUUUACAUCCACUAAAAGUGUUAAUGCCACAAGCAGGCUCAAAUUUCUAUUUCAAGUGUAAGAAAACAUUACAGAAAGGACCCUAAAUGAAAUGUUUUUCUUUACCUGUCACUGGUCAGUUUGUUAAUGUGACCAAGUUUCACACAAGGAGAAGUCUCGCUCUGAUAUCUCGCGAGAAGUGACUUAUUGCGGGGAAAACAAGUGGAAACAUCAGUGAGAGUUGGAGAGGAGUGCUGGAAAUAUUUUGUGGUGCUGAGUACAAAAAAGCUAGCUUAUUCAUUUAUUCAUUCAUUGUCCGUAACCGCUUAUCCUGCUAGUGGUUGCUGGGGGGGCUGGAGCCUAUCCCAGCUGACAUUGGGCAAGAGGCAGGGUACACCCUGGACAGGUCACCAGACUAUCACAGGGCUGACACAUAGAGACAGACAACCAUUCACACUCACAUUCACACCUACGGACAAUUUAAGUCACCAAUUAACCUGCAUGUCUUUGCACUGUGGGAGGAAGCUGGAGUACCCAGAGAAAACCCACACUGACAUGGGGAGAAUAUGCAAACUCGGCACAGAAGGGCUGGCCUAGCCUAGCUUUGUGUUAUCUAAAUGACUUUCAGAGUCAAAGCUAAGUAUUGAGGUGAUUUUGACAACAUGGAUAAGUUUUCACGAGACUUCUUCUUCAGCGCAAGCUUGUUUACACACAGACCAGACUGGUGAAAGGUAAGAGGAGAUGUUGAAUUUCUCUGUAGGGUCCUUUCUAUGUUGUCAUACAGUCAUGACUACAAUCUCUGUCUUUCAGUGGCAUAAAGUGGCGUAAAUUGAGGGUGCAUAAGUGCCUGAAGUGAUUAAAGUGUAGCCUAUUUCACAGCGCUCUCACUCAAUACUGGGCCAAUUUCAGAGAUUAUUCUUCCCAUUAGUCACUUAGAUACAAACGUGAAAAUAGGGUUCAAAAAUUGCAAAAAAUUCCCUUCAAAACUAGGUUUAUAAUUGUAAAAGAAUUAUCCAUCAUCAACAAAAAAAGACUCGAGGCAGGCUCAGGACAGAGAAGUAUAUUUUAGCUAAGUUGGAGUAACAAUACAGCCUUCACAUAAGGCUCAGAAGCAUAUAGUAUAUGUAUGCAUAAAUAUGCAUUCAAAACCACAAACCAAAUAAAUAAAUAAAUAAAUACUUACAAAUAAAUAACGAGCAUUUUGUGGAAUAUACAGUACAUCAGUUGAAAUGUUUUAGUAUUGUCAAGAAGCAGUACCUUAGGAGUUCAUGGAACUGGGGGGAAUGGAUGUUCUGUGUUCAACAUGCCCACAGUUGUCCAGAUGUUUUUGGCACACGCUGCCCUGUCUCGAUGGUUUCUGAGCUUUGUUUUAUUUUUUUAUUUUUUUCUUGACCCAUUUCCAGGACAGUGAAGCUGCUUUAAACAAACAUAAAAUGAUAAAACUAGCCAGUUUGUUCGUAACAGGUUCAUAGAACCAGCGGCUCAAAUAAACGGCUAAACGACCAAAGCAAUUAUGUAAAAGGCUUUACACAAGUCGGACUUAAUAACAAUGGUUAAAAAAUAAACGAGCAACGUCAUCAGAGGUUGCCGUGGACAAAUGUGCCGCAUGUCAAUCACAAGGGAAUGCUUCCCUAUGAGCUUAUUUGUCUUUUGUUUCCCUUCAAACUGCAACAAAGCAAGUCCCCUGACAAAGCGAUAAAUACUCAAAUCCUAUGGAUCCCUCACUGAAAUACUUCAGCCAAUCAAAUGGAUAGUUUGAGAUUUAUAUCAGCACCAAACUGAAAAAAGAAAAAAACAAA